AUGAAGAUGGAAUUUGGAGAAAUAUACGAAAAGACAUUCAAAAGCUUUGGGGUCAUGUAUGGCCCUGGAACUCUCGUUGCUCCCCAAUAUAAUGUGUCCGCAUUCGACGAGGCCACAUCAUCGCAAGGUUUGGGCGGUCCCGAGCGCUACAUCGAGUAUCUGAGGAUCUUUCACCUACAGUACCGACCGCAAAUGCCCACGAGCUUGUCUUGUGUGAAUGGACUGUCGUGUUCCCCGCAAUUGUUGGGGCUUGACCGGCUUUUGCACCCACUAGCUGGUCUGGCGGGUGGCUCAAGGAGUGGACAAGAUGAAAUUGAUCAAUAUCUCCGCGAAGGGGUCGUUAAUAUCUCUCCCAGCGCGUACUGGAAAGACCAUCAACGCGAAUGGCCUGUUCUCACCCGACUGGCUCGAGAUCUACUCUCCAUUCAGGCUACAGGAGCUGGCGCGGAACGACUUUUCACCGUUGCACAAAAUAUCUGCCACAGUCGUGGGGGACCUCUGGAUGAGUCGACCAUGCGCGACCUGGUGAUGUACGCGUACUCGGAGGGAUCCGAAUCAGGGAAGCAAUUGAUUAGCCGAGUGGGACGUGACACGGCAAGUGAUGAAGAAUGGGAGGAGUUCGAAGAAGAGGCAGAAAGGCCUGAACCGAUCAGCGACGACGAGUGGAGUUCAGGCGAGAUGAGUGUUGACGAGCGCUCGGAGGAUGACGGAAAUAACCAGGCAGCCACAGUGAUACUGGAAAGCCCACCGACAGAUGUUCUGGAGCAGGGUCGGGCGGAUAAAGGCGAACACUCAUUCCUGUCUCCGCCUGUCACGUGGCUCAUUAAUAGCAUCCGAAGAAAAUUCUUAGGCGGAACGACAGUGACCCAGUAG